CUUCGGCUCUUCUACAUGUCUGAUCUCUAUCAUCUCUCGAUCUUCUCUUGAUCUGUCCGAGGUUCUGUUUGGCCGUUGCUUAGACGUCUCCAGGUCUCAAUUACCCAGUUAGCAAAUAUCGGCACUGUUCGGCUCCUGGCCUGAACGAUAGCGCUCAUUACACGCCUUUGGUCGCAUAUACCCGUCACUUCCCAUCUCUUGAUAUCCCCUCUCUCGUCGUCAUCAACCAUGGCCUCGCUCCCUCACUCCGCCAUCUACGGCAUUUCCCGCGCAUCUCUCUCGCGCAGCAGCUACUUUGCUCGAUCCACCCUCUCUAUCACCGCCAAAGCGACCUUCAAGAGCGACGCGAGCCAGAACCUUGCCGCCGUCGCCGUGCCCGAAGAUCAUCAGCCCACCCCCACUCCAAGCAACGAGACUGUUCUCGAGCGCGCACUCAAAGCCUCUGGACCCAGAAACACAUGGACUCGAGAGGAGAUCCAGGAGAUCUACGAGACUCCCUUGAUGGACCUUGUCUAUCACGCCAGCACCGUCCAUCGCAAGUUCCACGACCCGUCCAAGAUCCAGCUCUGCACACUUCUCAGCAUCAAGACCGGAGGAUGCACAGAAGACUGCUCAUACUGCGCGCAAUCCUCGCGACACAAGACCGGUCUCAAGGCCUCCAAGCUCGUCACCCUCGGCAGCGUGCUCAGAGCCGCCCGCGAAGCGCGCGACAACGGAUCGACCCGGUUCUGCAUGGGCGCCGCCUGGCGCGACAUGCACGGUCGUAAGUCGGGCCUCCGCGACAUCAAGGAGAUGAUCACCGAAGUGCGCGGCAUGGGCAUGGAGGUCUGCGUCACGCUCGGCAUGGUCACCGACGCUCAGGCGCGCGAGCUCAAGGACGCUGGCCUGACGGCGUACAACCACAACGUCGACACCUCGCGUGAGUUCUACCCGUCCGUUAUCACCACGCGUACGUACGACGAGCGCCUCAACACCAUCUCGAACGUCGACCAGGCCGGUCUCAGCGUCUGCUCGGGCGGUAUCCUCGGCCUCGGCGAGGCGAAAGAGGACCACAUCGGUCUGCUCUACACUCUCUCGACCCUUCCUAGCCACCCCGAAUCCGUGCCGAUCAACACCCUCGUGCCCAUUCCCGGAACCCCGCUCGGCGAUAACAAGCCGAUCGAGUUCAAGUCCGUCCUGCGCACGAUCGCAACCGCUCGCAUCGUCAUGCCAAAGUCCGUCAUCCGCCUCGCGGCCGGACGCAUCACUCUCGACGACGAGAAGCAGGGCCUCUGCUUCAUGGCGGGCGCGAACGCCGUCUUCACCGGCGAGAAGAUGCUCACCACCGACUGCUCGGGCUGGGACGAAGAUAAGCGUCUGCUCGACAGCUGGGGACUUAGUCCUAUGAAGUCCUUCGAGAAGGAUAACUCGAACCCGACCAUGGCUGCUGAGGAGCAGGAGGAGAAGCCUUCUGCGCUCUUUGGUACCGAGCGCUCGUUCGACUCUGUUUCCAAGAUCUAAUUUCUCUGCGAACUUCACUAGAUGCUUAAAAUACAUACAAAUAUAUACAACUACAUGACAUCCUUUUGGAAAAAAGGCAACGUUUCAUUAUUUCUUUGGUUUAGUUUGAUUUAUCCACUUUGCACGCUGUUUUGUUCUGUUUUGCGCAGCUCUAUAUUUCAAUAAAGACAUCAAAAAGCA